AUGACUGAUAGGUACGUCUCACUGAAGAUCGUGUUUCUCAAGAUCAGCAACAUCGACACCAUCAGGGAGGAAUACCUGGCAGACAUCUUCCUCUCAGCCAGAUGGAGGGAACCGGCACUAGACAACAACAAGGAGACCCAGAAAAUCAACUGGGAGUCGUACUUCGACCCCAAGCUCAACAUUCAGAACAACAUCGGUGAGUUGAAGCAGACGACAUGGCGGGAGUUGCAGACGGAGGCGGGUGGGGAGACGUAUGUGAUGGAGAGACGCCGCAUCAAGGGCAAGUUCUUCGAGAAGCUGGAGCUGCAGGACUUUCCCUUUGACAUCCAAGACCUAUCCAUCCUCAUCACCAGCGAAUCCCCGCCAACUGACGUGGAGCUGGUGGAGUUAAACUCCACCGUCAGCCACGUCAACGUGGACAGCUUUGUUGAUCAGCAGGAGUGGGGGCUGUACGACUUCGUGGUGGGUGAGAAGCGUCUCAUGCCCAAUGAAUACAGCAGCGUCAAGUACAAGCGUCCUGGCUUCAUCUUCAGGUGCUGCGCAGUGAGGAGGGUCGGCUACUUCACCUGGAACAUCAUGCUGGUCAUUGCCAUGAUAAGUUCCCUGUCAUUUGCCGCCUUCUCCGUUGACCGCGAGCUUCCUCAGAGACGUCUUCAGUUGUCCUUCACCUUGAUCCUCACCAUGGUGACCUUCAAGUUCGUGGCCUCGCAGUCAGUGCCCAAGCUCUCCUACCUGACGUACCUGGACCGUUACAUCCUUCUGUCCAUGUCGUUCCUGUUCCUGGUCUGCUGUUGGCACGCCGUUGUGGCGUUAUAUAAAAGUGACGACGACACCGCUGGCAUGAUGGACUACUACGCCUUCUUCGCCUUCGUUGGCGUGUAUCUGUUCGGGCAGGUGAUGUUCGUCGUCAUCGUGGGAACCAAAAAAAAACUUGAAAGUCUGCCAACGUGGGAUCGACCUGAAAAGCGUAAGAAAAAACACAAGCACUUCAUGAAGAUCAACCCUUUCACAUAG